GCGUGUAGUACAAAUCUGAAGGCUGUGUAACGCCAAGAAAUUUCCGUUUGCUGCGUUUCGCGUUUGUGAUUCCGCCAUGUGCGCGAUUAAUUCGUUCAAUGAUCCAGCACCAAUUGAACUUAUCGAUGUCUCGCGGGCUUACAAGUGCCGGGAGCCUGAAAUGAUGAAUCAUAAAGCAGUUCGAUGAGACCCUGGCCGAUAUUGAACCCCUACUCCCACACUCUUCGUUUUGCUUCAAAUAAGAAAGUCACUUAUGUCUUGCUGAAAUUUUGAUGGGAAAUUGAUACUAGCUGGAUAGAUAAAUAGAGCAAUCCAAUCUGUAACAACUGAAAACUGAUGGCCGAACCACAUACGAGUGAAACUUGACACCUAGAAAUACCUCAUACUUAAUCAUCAUGAUGAAAUCUAAGGAAUUUCCCAAGAACUUUCUUUUCGGCAGCCGUGAAGAUUAUAUCCUCAAAACCCAACUGGAAAGCAUAUCUGCCCAGAGAGAAGAAAACAUUGAAGUUACCACCCAGAAUACCCAAUCGAUGCAUUCCACCUUGGCCCCGCCAAAUACGCCUUGGUCCCCAGAAGACGCAAUUCAAGAUCACCAAAGCUCACACAAGGGUCAAGAAACCCGCCAGAAUCUUGAGAAUGGACUUCAUUCCAAUAUCAAUUCCCAAUCUCAAAUAGAUUCAUCCUCAGACGAGUGCUUUGAAAACUGGAAAAUGGUCGCCAUCAAUUCUCAGAAAGAGAACCAGAAGUUGAAAUCUCAGCUUAUCGAAAUCAAGGCACAAAACUCAAAUUUGAUUGAUGCACGGAACCGACGAGAGAUCAGCAGCGGUCCAACCGAGACCAUUUGUUACGCCCUUCUACAACAAAACUGGCAACAAGUUCAACGAAUCAAAGAGUUGGAAAAAGAUGCAGGUUUCAGAAAUCUCGACGGGCAGCUUGAAGUGCGACUCAGUUCCAAACACAUCGGUUCGUUCAUGGAAAGAAUGGGAUUGGCCCUGGAGUCCAUAAUGCACAAGAACGGCAUUAGCCUACGCACCAAUGCGGAUAUUACAGACACCAAUGCUGAUCUCCAACAUCUUUUCCAUCUUUUGUAUGGUACUGAAAUGAAAUUAGGGCUCGAAAAACUUAUGAGGGGUCUAGAUCCACAGCUCUUGCUUCGUGGUCUCGCAUUGGCAGCGGUGAAGCAGUGGAUUUUCAUGACAGAAUUUCCAGCAUUCAAGGAAAAUCGCUUGUCAUUAGCGCAAAUGAAAGUUAUUUCACAAAAAGGCGACUGGAAAUGUGCUCGCAAGCUUGCUCUGGAGAGCUACAUCAGCAUAAUACGGGACCCCUCUUUUUCGGAGAAUGAUUUGCGCGAAGAAACACAAAAUCUUGUGUCGAGAUUUUCCAAGGCCAUCGCUCCUCUUUGCAAUCCUCCGCAUAAUUCUGAAAAAGUUCUCAAUAGCAUAUGGGUUGAUGUAGAAGGCACAGUUGGAACGUUGUUUAUAACAGCCUUGACUUUCAAAGCCAGUACUGUUGCCACUGAGCAGCAGUAUGAAUUCAUUAUAUAUCCACCAGGAACAGCAACAACUGAAGCUUUAGAGGUUCUUGAAAGCCUUGCUGCAUCCAAGCCAUCAGAGAAAGAUUUAGCUUGCGAAGUUUGGAGACAUGCCUCUCUAUAUGUUUAUGAAAUGGAGACUGCCUCAGAACAGAAUUAUCCUGCAGGGAUGGUAAACCCAAGCAAUUUCAUCGUGCAUGAGGGACAAGUUCGCGAGGAAAAGUCCUGUCUUAGAAGUGAAGUAGUAGUUUCAAAGGAAUUUGACAAAAGUCGUUGGGAUGUCGAUGAAGAAAUCAAUUCACUAUCAAAAACUGUACUUGGAAAAAAACAAACCCCCGAAAGAAAUGCAGAACGCUAUCGAAUCAAUGCAUACGUUGGUGAUACGACGAAUAUUAUAAAGUUCGCCACGAAGAAUAGAUUGCAGCGGGGUAUUAGGCCAUCGAUCGUUAAUCAGACAGAUAAGUAUUCCCAGGAAACACUCAAGCAAUGUGGUGAGACGCCUAGAAAAUCGGAAUCCUAUUGCUCGACCUGCUUGAACCUGUACCCAGGAGCAAUGCUCGAAGAGCACUUGAAGAAAAGACCUGUAUGGUGCCAAGCUCCUUGUUGUGUAUGCAAUGAGAAAUAUACUCGAAAGUCGGACAUUGCUAAACAUAAACGACAUCAAAAGAACAAAAUAUUCGAUGCGGAAUUGAGCGGUACCAAGGGAAUAAAAACAUCUCCCCUUGAAUUUUUGGUAGAAGUCGCAAAAAGAAAAAUCGAUGCUAAUAGAGUGACAACGGUUGCGGAAGUAGAAUUACAACAAAAAGAUUCUAGUAAAUCAAGACAAGAAUCCAACAGGAGAUCAACAAGGUUGAAUCGCCAAGAAGGCAGAGCUCUUGGGGUGGGAGAUAACAUUCCUCGCGAAGUGAAGGAUGUCAAUUCUCCUAAGACGGAUUGCAACGUCCCUCUUGACAUAGAAACUGGAGAUCUCUACGACAUCUCUACAGUCGAUGAAACUGAAAUAAGAUCAGCGAUACCGAAGUCCUCAAGUUGUGAAAAGUGUGGGGCGAUGUUUACAUCCAGUGAGGGCGUUACCAAACACCAAAAAAUGAAAAUUUGUAAAGUGUGCUCUAAAUGUGGAAGCUGGUUUGGCCGCAAGCAAAUGUUCAGACAUAGUUGCAACCAACAAAAAAUCACAAACCCAGAAUGCGACGAAAUGACCCUUACUGAGCCCCAUGGACUUGGCGGGGAUGAAAUAUCUGCUGCAACCACGCAAGCUACUCCUAAAUCGUUAGGUGAUCUAGAAACGGAGAGCCUGGACAUAUCAAAUGGCGAUUGCCACAAGUUACAAGCGGAUGCAAUCUGUAGUCGAACAAGCUCUCCUCUCUCUGAGUUUGAAAAGUCUCCUGUCCUUGCAAUGACUCCAGUACAAAAUCUACUAAAGCGACCAAGGCCCUGUACAGGCCAAAAUUCAGAAAACCCGCAUUCACAGAGAGAUAGCUUUGGUCCUGAAGAGAUUGAAAACAUGCGACCAAUUAAAUUGCGUCGAGUGGAUAUCACGCAAAAAGCAGCUACAAUGACAGGGUUUUCAAAUUUCUCUGACCAAAAACUACUCGAAUUCAAUGGCAAUCAUGUACAAGCGCCAAUUCCUUCUCGAUUUACCACUUUCGAGUUUGAGAGAUGGCCGACUAUUGCUCCCAUAGAAUCCAAUGAGCGGGGAUCGGGCAUGGAUUUUAAGAGUCUCAACUUUGACAACUCUGCAGGCCCUCGGAAUGCCUGGGAUUUGGAAAGCAAUUACAUUGCCUUCGAUUCUCAAGACGAUAGUUUUUUGGAUCCAUUGGGAGACUGUCAAAAUCCUUUCAGCAUCCCUCAGGACUUUCACAGUGAAAAUCUUGUGCCUUCCACUAGGUCAACAGUGUAUGUGAACGGGCCUCGACCUCUUGAUUUCUCUACCCAGCCCCUUGCCUACGAAAAUUCUCAUACCGCAGCGAGAAGACAACCUCAAGAAUCAACACCCCUGGUGGCAUACCAUGAAGCAAGGGAGGGAAAUUUCGGUAAUCCCCAGCGAAAAUCUGGCAAUACCAUCGCCGACAUUCUCAAUGCCGACCGUUUGAAUGCUGAAGGGGUUAGUUAUAAUUAUUAAUGAGGGGCUCUCUUUGGUGUGUGAGCGAGGUUGUUGGCAAACAGUCAAAUUCUUGCUUUAUAUGAUGUGCGUACUGGGUUGGGUCAUAUGUGUGCACGACCCAAAAAAUCCCCACUCCCGAUUUUGUGAGGAAUUCUGAGGAAGACUGUGGAGAGAAAGAUAUUGAGCAAGCAUCAAUGAAUGGCGAUGGCCAUAAAUCUUUGUAUGUCUAGUCGUAUAUGCUUUUGCCCCCUUCUGCAACAAGUCGCCCACCUAGGUAGUGACUUGAAUUCGGAAAUGUGAACAGUAAUAUCAGUGUGUCCAAUAGUCCGGACUGCAGUCCAACAAUGAAGAUUAUCAAAUCUGCAAACCAAUUAGGACAUUCGAACCA